ACGGCAAGAGACCAGCAGGUGCUGCCCCUGUCCCUACUCCUCCGCCCAGCGCCUUCCUUCCCACUGCCAUUGAAAUAAGAUCAGGGGGAAAGAGGAGGAAUUGAAAUUCUGCCGAAGCCAAGGGCGCCGUGUGGAAGAAAAUACAUCUUUAGCCAUGGAUGUGUUCAUGAAAGGACUUUCCAAGGCCAAGGAAGGAGUUGUGGCUGCUGCUGAAAAAACCAAGCAGGGUGUGGCAGAAGCAGCAGGAAAGACAAAAGAGGGAGUCCUCUACGUAGGUUCCAAAACUAAGGAAGGAGUGGUUCAUGGUGUGACCACAGUGGCUGAGAAGACCAAAGAGCAAGUGACCAAUGUUGGAGGGGCAGUGGUGACUGGUGUGACAGCAGUUGCCCAGAAGACAGUGGAGGGAGCUGGGAACAUUGCUGCUGCCACUGGAUUCGUCAAGAAGGACCAGAUGGGCAAGGGUGAGGAGGGAUACCCACAAGAAGGAAUUCUGGAAGACAUGCCUGUGGAUCCUAGCAGUGAGGCUUAUGAAAUGCCUUCAGAGGAAGGAUACCAAGACUAUGAGCCUGAAGCCUAAGAGGGCCUUGAGUCCCAGUGUCCUGAGAUCUCCGGCCACUGUUCCAUGGCGUACAAGUGCUCAGUUCCAAUGUGCCCAUUCAUGACGUUUUCUCAAAGCUGUACAGUGUGUUUCAAAGUCUUCCAUCAGCAGUGAUUGACGUCCUGUACCUGCCCCUCAGCAUCCCGGUGCUUCCCUCUCACUACAGUGAAUACAUGGUAGCAGGGUCCUGUGUGCUGUGGAUCUCGUGGCUUCAAACCUAAAAUGUUAGAAGAAAAUUAAAACACCUAAGUGACUACCACUUAUUUCUAAACCUUCACUAUUUUUGUUGCUGUUCUUGAUAAGUUGUGACUUGCUAUCUUAUAAGAGUUCUAGGUGUCCUUAAUGAUUCUUUCUG